AUGGAUUUCCUUCUCAUUGGUCUCUGCUUAAACUGGCUGCUGAGGAAGCCCCCGGGGUUGAUUUUGUGUACGCUGGGUAUCGUUUCUAAAAUGCUGCCAGCCGUGAAUAGUGGGUGUCCGCAGCUCUGCCGGUGCGAGGGCAGGCUUCUGUACUGUGAAUCACUGAAUCUCACAGAGAUGCCUCGCAACCUGUCGGGCAUGAUGGGCUUGUCUCUGCGGUACAACAGCCUCUCCGAGCUGCGUGACGGACAGUUCGCGGGGUUAAUGCAGCUCACGUGGCUCUAUCUGGAUCACAACCACAUCUGCUCGGUGGAGGGGGACGCCUUUCAAAAGCUGCGGCGGGUUAAGGAGCUCACCCUGAGCUCCAACAAAAUCACCCAGCUGCCCAACACCACUUUCCGCCCCAUGCCCAACCUGCGCAGUGUGGAUUUAUCGUACAACAACCUGCAGGCGCUGGAGCCGGACCUCUUCCACGGGCUGCGGAAGCUCACCACCUUGCACAUGAGGUCCAACGCCCUCAAGUUUGUGCCCGUGAGAAUUUUCCAGGACUGCCGCAGCCUCAAGUUUCUAGACAUAGGAUACAAUCAGUUAAAGAGCCUGGCUCGAAACUCUUUUGCGGGCUUGUUCAAGCUCACCGAGCUCCACCUGGAGCACAACGAUCUGGUGAAGGUGAACUUAGCCCAUUUCCCCAGGCUCCUCUCGCUGCACUCCCUCUGCCUCCGGAGGAAUAAGGUCACCAUCGUGGUGAACACGCUGGACUGGAUAUGGAAACUGGAAAAGAUGGAUCUGUCGGGCAACGAGAUCGAGUACAUGGAGCCUCACGUUUUCGAGAGUGUGCCCCACCUCAAGUCGCUGCAGCUGGACUCCAACCGCCUCACCUACGUCGACCCGCGCAUCCUGGCCUCCUGGAAAGCCCUCACCAGCAUCAGCCUGGCCGCCAACGCCUGGGACUGCGGCCGCAACGUCUGCGCCCUGGCCUCGUGGCUGAGCGACUUCAAGGGCCGCUACGACGGCAACCUGCUCUGCGCCACGCCGGAGUACGCGCAGGGCGAGGACCUGCUGGACGCCGUCUACGCCUUCCACUUGUGCGACGAGGCGGCGGAGCCCACCGGCGCCGGCAGCCCGCCGCCCGCCGCCACCGAGGCGCCCGCGGGGCCGAGCUCGGCCGCGGCGGGCUCCGACGGGCGGGCGGCCGCCGCCACCACCGCCGCCGCCACCGCCGCGGGCGCCUCGCCCGGCACGCCGCCCGGCGAGACCGCCGAGAACGCGGUGCAGAUCCACAAGGUGGUGACGGGCACCAUGGCGCUCAUCUUCUCCUUCCUCAUCGUGGUUUUGGUGCUGUACGUCUCCUGGAAGUGCUUCCCGGCCAGCCUGAGGCAGCUCAGGCAGUGCUUCGUGACGCAGCGCCGAAAGCAGAAGCAAAAACAGACCAUGCACCAAAUGGCUGCCAUGUCGGCCCAGGAAUAUUACGUUGACUACAAACCCAACCACAUCGAGGGCGCCCUGGUGAUCAUUAACGAGUACGGCUCGUGCUCCUGCCACCAGCAGCCGGCCAGGGAAUGCGAGGUGUGA